AUGGACCCCCUCUCUGUGUCAGCAAGCAUCAUUGCCAUCGUCCAAGCGACCGUAGGAGUUGGCAAAGCCGUCCAAUAUCUGCGCUCCAUCCGCAAUAUUCCAGCCGAGUUUCUCGACCUUACCAACGAGCUUACCGGCCUUCAAGCGAUCCUUGCGCAGGUCCAUGCGGCACUCGUGAACAUCGACGGCGACGACGAACGAGCCACUAUACAAGCCACUGGCGCCGACUCUGUUGCAUUGCAGAAUUGCAAGACAGACUUGGAGAAGCUUGUUCAGGAGUUGGAUGCUCUUUGUGGGAGAAUGAAGGUAUCGGUAAAGAAAGAGACGAACAAAGAAGGCGGCGCACACGAGAGGAUAUCUAAACGGCGCUGGACCAGGGAGAGGGAGCACUUGGCAACACUCCGCAACCGUACUAAGAGGACCUGCGACUAUUUGAACUUGGCCUUUGUCGCAUUGCAGACUUCGCGAAGCGCCCAACAAGCUGGUCAACUAGCUGCAGUCCAACAGGCGAUGCAAAGAUUGACUCAAAUGUAUCAAGAGGGAAACCAUCGGGUGUAUACAAAAUGCUUGGACCUCGAGAAUCUAGUCCGGUUAGCCGACUCCGAGUACGCAACGAUCGACCGCAUCCACUCAGUUUCAAGGACCUCAGAUACUGCAAAUGACAUAGUGUCCUUCCCCGCCCUCUUGACAAGGACUGCGAUUAUAUGGAAUCGCAUGGACGUGGCCGACCUGUUGAUUGGACAAGGGUUUGAUGUUGAGCUUGAAGACCAAUACAAUUGCUCACCAGUCAGUUGGAGCUAUCAAAGCGAGCUCUUUGGUUGGAUCCCACGCACUCCAAGAGACCAGGUGAUACAAAAGCAGCUUGCUGGCUUGUACAAGUAUACGGGAUCAUCUCCGAUUCAUGACGCUGUACUGGGAGUUGGAUCAUCGACUCUCGCGACAGCAAUCUCACAAGAUCCAGGUGAUCUGAACAAAAUGAACAAUCUAGGGAUGGCCCCAUUACAUGUUGCAGUUCUUCACGGGGAUGCCUUCUCUGUCGCUAGUCUCCUACAACACGGGGCAUAUGCAGAUAUACGGGACAGAAACUUCGGAUUCACCCCCCUCCAGCUGGCCUGCAUCUCGCUACAUUCUACACAGGUAGAGAUAGCUCGACUACUUCUUGCUCAUGGUGCAGAUCCCAACAUCUAUGGCAAAUCAGAACGAACUCCUCUCAUGUUAGCAAUUGAUGAUCCGGAAAUGGUACUACUUCUAUUGGAUCACGGAGCCCAGGUUACUGAACGCGAUGGUAGCCAAAAGGAUUUGCUGGCACCUACGUGUGGACAUAGCCCUUUUCCGGACACAUCCAAAUUCCGAUCCAGUUGGAAACGGUCCCUGGAAAUCCUGAUGAGCACUGGAAUAGAUUUGGAUAUUCCUUGUUCAGUGCACAAUGAAACUCCGCUACUAGUCAGCAUAGGAAGUCGCAAUACGGCUUUCGCGGAUGUCCUUAUCGAGUUAGGCGCUGCGCUCAAUGCUGUGGACGACCGAGGACGUGGUAUCUUGCACAUAGCUGCCAUGACUGCCGAUGCAGAGCUGAUCGAGGUCCUCCGCCGAGCCAAAAUUCAUGGCAUAUGCCCUGAUGCGGUCGACAACCACGGCCACACACCGCUGAGAUUGAUAGCGGGGAGAAUGAUUGACCCCGAGUGGGUAGUUAGAAUGACUCCAGGUGUGAGACGACCUACCCAAGAGGAAUUCUACGCCUUCAAAGAUCUGGUGCAGGAAAUCCGAGACCGGAACCGGUUACUAAGACUGCGUGUGGUCGGUGAUCAACAAGCGGGACGGAGGCAGAGUUUGGACGAUGAACAAGGUGGUUCAGAGCGGAGUUUCACUACUUUGGAAGUUGCAGGAGGUAGAAGCAGCAUCAACGAAUUCACGGGAAGUGAUUCAAUCCUGGGAUGUUGGACGGAUAGUGGAGAGAUGGCGGAGUCUGAUGAAGACGAGUUCUUCGAUACACGAAGCCAUUGGAGCUUAGGUGAGAACUAA